UAGUUACAUCACUUCACCUGAGUCAGCUGAGGAAAAAAAAAUAUGGCGCGUUUUAUCCUGCACCUGAGCAUCGUGGUUGUCGUUCUGUUUUCCGUCCCAAUCCACUGUCAGAAGAAGAACGAAUCCGAGGGAGUGAUAUUUUUGGACGAGUACGACACACUGGCGAAGGAACUGCAGAACCGUGCCGUCAUCGCUGGAUGGAACUACCAGACGGACUUGACUGACGAAAACGCCAAGAAACAGGUUGAGCUGAACUUGGAGGUAGCAAAGUUUGCCAAAGAGGCGGCCACGAAUGCCUCCCGAGUAUGACUGGGAGAACUUCAGCAACGUCACGGUGAAGCGGCUGUUCAGUAUGAUCACCACGCUGGGCACGGCCGCUUUGGAGGACGAGGAGAAGCUUGAACAGUUAAACAACCUACUAUCGGAGAUGGAAGAGAUCUACAGCACAGGGCAGGCCUGCGAGUAUGACGACCCCAAAACGUGCCUGGAUCUGAACCCAGGCCUGGAAGACUGCAUGGCCGACAGUACCGACUAUAACAGACUGCUGUUCUGUUGGGAGGGCUGGCGUGACGCGGCCGGGCGCCGUCUCGGAGAUCUCUACUCGCAGUUCGUGGAACUCAGUAAUGAGGCCGUGAGAGCAGAUGGUUGGAAUGACACAGGGGAGUACUGGCGAUCCUGGUACGAGACUGCAGACUUGCAACAGCAGCUGGAAACCAUCUACCAGGACCUACAGCCGCUGUACCAGAACCUGCACGCCUACGUCAGGAGGAAACUCAUCAACACGUACGGAGCGGAAAUGGUGAACGCCGAGGGGCCAAUCCCGGCCCAUCUAUUGGGUAACAUGUGGGCCCAGACGUGGGGAAACAUCUACAAGCUUGUCAUUCCGUUUCCCAACAAGCCAAGUAUUGACGUAACGGAUGAGAUGGUGAGACAGGGUUACGACGCCCGGAGAAUGUUCAACCUGUCGGACGAGUUUUUCCGUGAGAUGGGGCAGAUCCCGAUGCCUGGCAGCUUCUGGGACAGGACCAUGUUCGUCCGGCCUGACGACAGGGAGGUCGUCUGUCACGCCUCGGCAUGGGACUUCUACCUGGACAAUGACGUCAGGAUCAAGAUGUGCACGAAGGUGAACCAGGAGGACCUGGUGACGGUCCAUCACGAGAUGGGGCAUAUAGAGUACUUCCUGCAGUACGCGCACCAACCGCUGCCCUUCCGCGAGGGCGCUAAUCCAGGGUUCCAUGAGGCCGUGGGUGACCUGUUGGCUCUGUCCGUGUCCACUCCCGCCCAUCUCAACAAGGUCGGACUCCUUCCCGAGCUGGUGGACGAUCCUGAGGUUGACAUCAAUUUCCUGAUGCAAAUGGCGCUGGAGAAGAUCGCUUUCCUGCCGUUCGGUUACCUGAUCGACCAGUGGAGGUGGCGGGUUUUCGACGGAAGCACAACGAAGGACAAGUACAAUGAGGAGUGGUGGAAACUGAGGACCCAGUACCAGGGUAUUGUACCUCCUGUACCGAGAAAUCCAGACAAGGACUUCGAUGCUGGCAGCAAGUACCACGUUCCCGCCAAUACUCCAUACAUAAGAUACUUUGUGAGUUUCGUCAUCCAGUUCCAGUUCCAUGAGGCCAUGUGCAGUCUGUCGGGCUAUACAGGAGACCUGCACAAGUGCGACGCGUCCGCCGGGGCCAUGAAGGACGUAGCCGGCAGCAGACUGGCUGAAAUGUUGAGGAUGGGAAAGAGCCAACCCUGGCCGGAGGCGUUCGAGGUUCUGACCGGAGAUCGUGAGAUGUCCGCGGCCGCCAUACUACAGUACUUCGCUCCUCUGAUUGACUGGCUGGAGAAACAGAACGAGAACGAGACUCUGGGCUGGAAUAACGGCUGGACCCCACCAUACGACUGUGAGGGAACAGGUGGCUUCACGUGUCUGGAGGGGUCCAGGUGUGUCCGGCCUGCCGACAAGUGUGACGGGAUCCAGGACUGUGACGACAACUCAGACGAGGAUCCGAUCCUCUGUGAAACCCCGAACGGUAGGUCUUCGAUCUACAGAGCGUUUUCAUGUGACAUGAUAUAUAGUGGCAACAACAUGGAGGCGUACCCAGAUAUUUGCUUUUUUUUUACAUCUAAGCAUCUUCUAACAAUCAAACUCUAAACUAAUAUUUCAGCUCACAAAAGAGAAUACUAGAAUAUCGCAUAGAAAUGUAACGUUGGUAGCGAUAAGAACGAAAAACGAUUAUUGUUUGCCUUUGACUUUUUACAUUGUCAAUUUGUUGUUCAUCACAGAUGAUUCCCCAAGAAUGACAUCAUCACUUGUUGUCGUCUUCCUGGCAGUCCUCGCCUCGACAGUGAUGACGUCAAGGAUCUAGAGGGCGAAUAUUGUCGACGUCAUGAUUUAAUUCGACGACGUGUAUGCAAUCAUUGCAAUAGCAAACCAUAGCACAAAACUGCGUUUGCAAUUAUGAAGUAACGCUAUGAUCGUUUUUACUGAAUUGCUAGCUGUUUUAAACCUUUUACAGUCGAGUGGAAACAUUGACCAAAAAAUAGAGUUUUAAGUUAAGUUUGAA